UUUUUGUUUCUUUCUAAGUUACAUAAUGAUCUCUUUUAUCCAUAUAUAUGAGCAGCAGUUGAAAGAUCAAUUCAAAGCAUAAAGAUGAGUGAAGGGGUUUCUUCCAAAGAAGAGAGUAAGAGUAUUGAUCUAACUAGGAUCACUCUUCGAGAAACGGAUCUUUCUGAUGUGGAAGAUCACAUGGUGUGGUCAAGCGAUGCAAAGGUGACAGAGUUCUGUACUUGGGGGCCAUACACCAGCAAAGAAGAAGCCAUAGACUUCAUCAAUGGGAUACCAAACAUAUUUUCAUGGUAUAGGGCCAUCUGCCUUGACAAUCAAGCAAUAGGGUCGGUUUCUGUGUGCUUGCAAAGAGAUAGAUACAGAGAAAAAGUAGCUGAAGUCGGAUAUAUUCUGGCUUCAGAGUACUGGGGAAAAGGGAUUGUUACACAUGUUCUAAAGCAAGUUGUUAAGAUUGUAUUCAGCAUGUAUCCUCAGGUAGAAAGGCUUGAAGCUCUCACUGACAAUGAGAAUUUGGCGUCUCAAAGGGUUUUGGAGAAAGCUGGUUUCCAAAGAGAGGGUGUUCUUAGGAAUUAUGUGUAUGUUAAGGGCAAAAGCAGAGAUGUGGCCAUUUAUAGUUUUCUUCCAAAUGAUCUUCACUCAGAAUUUGCUUCUCUCAAGCUUUAACUACCUCUGCAUGUUAAUCUACAAAACAGAGUUUGAGUCUUGAAGACUUGAAGCUCUAUAGUGUUCGAUGAUUUCUAUGUUCAAUAUUUAUUUUUGUCUUUUUGUAUUGGGUUAAAUUAAUGCCAUUGGCUAGGCAAUCUUUAUGUUUC